ACAGGCAAACGGAUCAAGUCGAUUAGAUCGAUCCCCAGUGCGUAACUGGAACUUAUUUAAUCGACCCCGAAAGGAUGAAAGACAAAAUCGACCUCGGCGGAAUUUGAACUCAGAACGUAGCGGCAGCCAGACGAAAUACCGGCUAUGGACGGAGGUCACCCGGUUAAGGGUGGCGACGAGGAUCCGGAUAGAGUCGGUCCGUGGAGGAAUUUUAAGAAUCCCUACCCAGAAUCGAAUAACCCUAACUUGCCUCAGAAAAAUCUAGUGACUUUGAGUCGUGAUGAACUCAGAGUUCUUCAUGAAUGCAACAGAGAAAGCUUUUGGUAUCGAAGUUUACCAGCUAGUAUGAUAUUUAUUGGUUUAACACAGUUUGCUGUCAACAAAGGAUAUCUUAAACCACAUCCAAAAUUUGGAGCAACUUUAAAAAAUAUAGGUGCUGGUUUAGCAGGUUAUAUUCUUGGCAAAUUAUCUUAUCAAAAUGAAUGUAGGAAAAAAAUUUUAUCUCUCCCUAACAGCAAGCUUGCUGAAACUCUUCGACAACGUUUCUCAGGAGGCAGUCAACCAACAACAGAAUUUGUUCCCGAAGUUCCUAUGGAUACUACGCUGACGACAAGCGAUACAAAGAUUUUUGAAGAUUCUAAUGUCUUUCAGUCAAAGGCCGAACCAAAAGAACCACUUCCCACCUUUUCAUUAGGUGACCAGUCUCAGGAUGCACAAAAUCAGGAAUACAAAUCAUAUGAAGACCUCCGACGCCAGAAUAGGAAGUCAUAUACAGAAGGCCAAUAUUCAAGAUGGACAAAACAGACAAAACCUCCAUCAUCACCGCCACCUUCUGUUCCUGAGUCUAGACAAGAACAAGAUAGUAUACCUAUUAGAGUACCAAGAUCUUCAUCAAAUAUUUCAGUUAAAUCUAAAAACGAAUAUGGUGAUGUAUGGGAAGAAGAAUAAUUUCCUUUAAUACAGUGAGCAAAUUGUUUCUUUGCAUUGCUAGAUUAGUUGUGCUUGAAUUUCAAGUUAAAGGGGUUUUCUGUAAAAGGAUGGAAAUAAUUCCCCUCUUGGUUAUUGGACUGACUGGAAUUUGUUUUGGUAUAAUAAAUACAUAAAUGAACAGUUUUGUUCAUCAUUCCAUGUUACCUUUUUAA